AUGUUUGCUGUUACAAGCGAGAGGACUAAGUACCAGCUUAGUUUAGGAACUUAUUCAGGUGAACUAAUGACACAUCGCCUCUAAAAAAUUGUAUUCAAUGUUUCAUUAUUAUCGUCAGUUAAUAUUCAUAAUAUGUCUCUAUGGGCUUUCCUUGACUUCGCCAUGGUCCUUAGUUAUCUAUACAGCUUAAAUUCGCCAAAGCGACCUUUCUCUUCCACUUCAAUACUACACAUUAUAUUCAGAUUUUCUAUUUAAAAUUUCAAAACUUCCUGGUAAAAUUCUCUUUUAUUUAAUAUUAAUUCUAGGAACCGCUGGCGACUCUUUUUCUGGGCAUCGUGGCCAGCCAUUUACCACUAAAGACCAAGAUAAUGAUAACGCCUCCAAAGAAAACUGUGCCAGGUCAUUUAAAGGAGCCUGGUGGUACACAAGCUGUCAUUCAUCAAAUCUGAAUGGUAUGUACCACCAUGGUUCACAUUCAUCUUAUGCUGAUGGUGUCAACUGGCAUGCAUGGAAAGGACAUCACUACUCUGCCAAGAGAGCUGAGAUGAAAAUCAGACCGGUGAACUCUUAGAACCUGUCUUAGAGGGUCACAACGAUCACCACUCCUAAAAAGCUGAGCAUAGACUUUGAUUAUGAUAGAACACCACCAUAUAGUAUACCAACGUUGUAGAAUUAUUGAUAGAGCCAAUUGUUGUUAGCAUAAAAAGGGUUUCUAAGCGUUAUAAUUUUCUAGCUGUGUGAUUUAAGGUAUACGAAUUUUCGAGUACGCGUGUCCGACCUCACUUAACUUUCACUCGGUAGGGUAUAUUGAGAGAUAAAUAAAGCAACGUGACAUGUGAAUCUUGUCGUGUGGAAUAGAUUUUUAAAGAAUUAAAUCAACUCCGUAUUUUUUUAACCAGCUGAAGGCCGGCAGUCGUUUUGAAUUACGGGACGGUUCUAAAGAGACUAGUCUGAGUCUGAGACGUGAGGUGCGUUCCUUUGAAAUACUGAUCCCUGACGCGUUUGUUUCCAGGAGAGAGGGAGUCUACAAUAAGGCCUUUCCCGAUUGUGCUUGGCAACUUUUGAGCAACCAGAGAAUGGAUGUUCCAUUAUCAAAUCAAUUUAUUCAAGGUGAAAGUGGGUGUAUAUGGUGGUGCGGGUAAAUCUGUUAUACAUUUUUUGUCUACGAUAUCCCAGGUAACCGCUGAGUUAACGACAAAUGUGUUACUAAAGCUCUGUGCAACGGACGCAAUAUUGUUGGAUGUUACAUGUUGCGCCCGUUUGCACACCCUGUUGCAUGUUGUUGAGUGUUGUUGGGAGUUAUUGCGCAAAGUUCGAAACCGGUCAAACUUUUAGCUACGGGUAAACGGACGCAACAACUCCCAACAUUGUUGAGCCAACAAUGUCGGGAGUUGUUGCGUCCGUUUCCACGUGGUCUAAGAGGCAUUAUGACCACCUCCGCUCGUACAUGGAGAAGCAAAUUGAGACAUGUCUACUUAAUUAGUACAUUUAAACCUCCAAAAUUUUGCCUGGUACUACCCAUUUAGUGGCGCCUUCUCUUACAACCCACCAUGACUAUGUAAGCAGAAGGGGCGGAACCACAAAAUUUUGUUGAGAAUGUGGGGAGGGGUCCAACUUAUGCACACUGUUGAAGCCAAUGCUUCACAUUGUUCCACCUCGUUACACAUUCAGUUUUUUUCUACGUAGACCCUUGUGCCGUGAUAAGGGUUUAGUACCCAGUUUUGAAUCGUUCGUCUCUUAUCAAUAUCAUAAGUGUUUAAGCCAUCAUUGUUUUUUACAGAUUUCGUAAAUUUGAACAAGUAUUCAAGAAGGCAACGUGGAACGCAAGUUUCAUAUUUUAAGCUACCAGAUUAAAGUUGUAAUAAUUUUAGUUUGAAAUCAGUUAGGUAAGUAGCUCUAACUACUAGUUUUUAAGACUAUGUUGAUACUAUACAGUGGCGGAUCCAGACCUUCAGAUAAGGGGUUUGGGGGAGAGGGGGGGGAGUCUCCAAAUUUUUUUUGGCCCUUUUGUCCUCAGUUUAGGCUCAAAAUAAGGGGGGGCGGGCCUCACGGGUCCUUCCCCUAGAUCCGCCACUGCUAUACCAGAUAGCUUUUGCGCCACCACGAAAAUCAUACGGGAUAGGGCUCCUGUUAACACAAAAGAACGGCUGUGGCGUCGCGAAGAAGCUCCGCGGCGCCAAUCUCUAAAGCAGAGUCACAUAUCGGAUAGGUGUUCUACCAUUCCGGUAUAGUGUCAACAUAGCCUAAGAAUCCAUCAGUCGGACCAACCUCGUCCUCAGGCCUUUUCCUUUAAAAUAUGGGAAAAGGUAAAAUGCCUGGGUACGAAGUUGCCGACAGACAGGACGGAUAUCAUUACGGCUUUUCCGACUCCUCCGACCCUCGCGCACUCGGAUCUACCACUGAAGCAGGUAGUCAGGACCCUAUUAGAGAAACACUCAAUAAUAAUAAUAACAGAUUGUCCCGACUUUGACAUCUCAGAAUGAGAUAGGGAUUAGGACGGGAAAACCCUCCACAUUAUAAUUUUGCGAAUACUAAAGAGUGUCUUCAAAGCAUAUUUAGUAUCGAUAAAAAAAUCAUAAAGAAGAAUUUAGUUUGGUUAAAUUGUAAUUUAUAGUGACGGAAUUUCUAAUCCGUAUUUACAGUGCAAUACUACUUAUCACAUUAGAAAGACCAAAAAAGGCUAGUAUCCGCAUGGCACAUUUUUUUAAAAUUAUGUUCGAAGGAUACGUUGCAUUCCGGUUUUCAAUUGUCUUUUUGGACUUUGCACUGGGGUGUCCCGAAAACACCGGCACGUGUCAGAUUCAAUACACACUGAGUAUGUACCUACUUCCCUUUAACCCUUCUCGAGGGCCAUCGAUUUCCUUCUCGCGGGAUCAGGAAAUAAAUUUUUGUCUGCUCAUCUUUUUUCGCGCAGGUCUUAGGUCUUAGUUUACAGGACACCCCUUUUCCUUGCCAUUCAACGUAGUAAAAGUGAAGAAGCACGAUGUCUUGUAUUUCGGUGUCUUCAAGUUGGAGUCUUCUGAUCUUAUUGUUGUUUGUGAACAGCCACCAAACCUUCGCUAAACCAGCAAAGAGACUUGCAGGUGCGACCACGGUUCCUAACAAAAUCCAGCAUUGCAAUAAUGUGUAUUUCUACGAGGCGCCCAACGAGAAAAUUGCGUCAAUGCUGAAAGAAAUAAAGGAACAACUGGGUCAAAUACAAAAUGACAUCAAUAAAAAGAUAGGAAACAAGACUAAUGAGAAAGGUAUGAACUCCUUACGGUCUUUGUGUGUGUCUAGACCCACUUAUCAAAAGGAAAUCAGUCAUCGGAAUAUAUUUCGUGUUAUCACAAUUAUCAUACGAGCUUUUUAAUUCUCUGAUAAACUGGGAAUCGCACAACAACUCAUUUAUUAAUCUCUUUAAACCAGAUAUCAUAAGAGCAACUUCAACGUGAGGGUUUUGAGCCGUUAAAAGAAAGGCUACAGCUAAGUUAACCCGAAAUACUUUCUCCAUAUAGCCGUGAAGCUGAAGGAAGGAAUUUCUUGAUCACGUUCCUUACUACAGGGCAAACAAACUCUUCCAAGUUCCCAUAUAGGGUGACAACCUGGGUCCUGGGUAGACAAAAAGUAGAGACUAACUACAUCUCCCGUUUUUAUCACACGACUGUAAAUGUCGAUCGGUGAAUAACCGAACCAAGAUAGGUUAAUCUGGAUAAGGCAAAUCGUAAGUCGAGGCCUCGAUAACUUAGUGCUGUCAAAAUCAUGUCAAUUGUGCCCACAUAACAUCAUUUAUUAACCGUUUUCAUGAUGCGGUCAAGGACGAUAUAGAAUAACCUUCUAAAUGUCCACAAUUAUUAGUAACAAGGGACUCCCAUACCCCCAAAUGAUACCAAUCUGGGUGUGGCUUAAGCUGACCUCUAAAGGUGAAAAAACUGUUUGAAUGCAGAGGGUCAUGCAACACGUAAAUAUAACUGACUGGUUCCUCUUGCCGGAUCUCUAAUCAAAGAGAUGCUAUAGCCAGACGGCGUUACUUAAAGUGUAAAAUAAAACAAAACUGAAUACAGGGCUGGCACUACGGCAAAGGGCUGAUUUAUUAUAGCGCAAUAUUUCGGCUAACAAAAUUAGCCUUCCUCUGGGCCAGAGCUAUACCUUUGCCGUAGUGCCAGCCUUGCAUUCAGUUUUUUUCCUUUAAAGGUGGCCAUACUCCAACACAUUAUGACGAUAUUUCUUUUUCAUUUAGUUAUUUCUUAUUUCUUUGCGAACAACCCUAAGCGAUACCUUCUGGGGUAAAAAUAUUGGCUCUCCCUCUGAACACCCUAUAAAGUGAGACCAAAAACUGAAAUAAUGCUUUCCCUAUGGUAGGUGAGGAACAUCCUUGUCAGUACAAUCUGACAUCAACUGUCCUGAAAGGAAACAAGACUAAUGAGAAAGGUAUGAAUUCCUUCCUGUGUAUGUGUGUCUAGACCCACUUAUCAAAUGCCGUUCAGUCGUUGAUGAUCGUAAGAGCUUUUGUUAUGAAAAUACUUGCGGGAAUCGCAUAAUUACCACUUUACAACAGGCCUCAGUUGUUCAAAAGGUGGAUAGCGCUAUCCAGUGGAUAACACAAAUGAAUUCCCUAAUACUUAUCCACCGGAUACUUAGCGAUUUAUCCGGUGGAUAGCGCUAUCCAGUGGAUAACACAAAUGAAUUCCCUAAUACUUAUCCACCGGAUACUUAGCGAUUUAUCCGGUGGAUAGCGCUAUUCAACAUUUGAACAACCGGGGCCAGAUGUCCUAACUCAAACCCCUACGUGAGGUUUUUGAGUUGUUUAUAGAAAGGCUACAGCUUUGACUCGAAGCACUUCCUCCUGUGGUGUGGCUGAAGAAAGGAAUUCUUGAUCACGUUCCUACCUAGGGCUAACAAACUCGUUCAAGUAAUUCCCAUAUAAAAAGACAGCCUUGGUCCACUUUCUUUAAAACUUAGUAAAAGGUAGAAAAAACAGUGGCUAGUAGCAUCUCCUGUUUUUAAGUGAAUGUCGGUCCUUGAAAACCCCAACCAAGAUUAGGAUAAUCCGGAUAAAGCAAACGUAAGUCGCUGCUUCGAUAACUUAGUGCAUUAAAGUAGUUUUCUCAUAAAAAAAAUAUCAGUUGUGCCCACAGAAUCUCAUUAAGUAUUCGUUUGCAUGAUGCAGUUACAGACGAUGUAGUAUAAUCUACUAAAUAUCUAUAAUUACUAGUAACAGGGAUCCUGCCCCCCGGGAGGGGAUUCCCCGGAUUCCCAUACCCCCAGAGGAGAGCAAUCUAAGCGUGUCUAAGGCUUUCUUGGACCCCUAAAGGAGACCAUGCUUCAUCACAGUACAGCGUCAUUUGUUUUCUAUCAAUUAAGACAUUUCUUUGCCAUUAACCCUAAAGCAAAUAGAUUAUCAUCAACCCAAAUAAGUUCAGUAAAUUAAUAUCAUCAUUAGAAUUAUAGUAUUAUUAUAAGCCCCCAAAAUACUCUCAUGCUCAUUUAUAAAAGCAAUUUUCGGGGAAGUUAAAAGAGACGCCUUUGCUGAAGGGAUUUCAGUAGAACGGCUUGUGAUUCAAGGUCUCUCUCUUACAGUCUCUCUGAACGCGCCCUCUGCACUGACUUUUUUUAGCGACGCAGCUCCUUCUUAACAUCUAAAACUUCCAAAUCCCAUGCAAAUGCAAGGUGUGGCAAAAAGGGACUAUUGUAAAAAUUCCGAUCUAGUAAUUAACGGCUUACAACCAAUAGAACGGCUUACAAUGAAUAUUUUUCCUAAUUAGUUUUAUAACGAACAAUAAAGUACCAACUGCAACAAUAAAAAUUACGUAGUAGCGUACACGGUAAAAAAAAUACUUAAACAAAAACAAUUAGCAUAAAAGAAGUAACUAUUAUUAACUGGGCAUUCUAUGACAAUAUGUGAGGGAAUUUAUUAUCCUGAGUUACUCUGUAAUACAAGAUAUGCUCAGAUAUCAGAUUCCAAAGUCCAGAAAUGUCUGGUAUCCACCAAUAGCACAAAAAAACAUAUGGAAAAACAUUGUGUUGGAUAAGAUCAUAACUGAGUUAAAUCUCGGUUUUCAAUUGUUUAUUAGGACUUUACAUUGCCAUUCAAAGUUGGAAAAGUGAAGAAGCACGAUGUCUUGUGUUUUUGUGUCUUCAAGUUGGAGUCUUCUGAUCUUACUGUUGUUUGUGAGCAGGAAGCAAACUUUCGCUAAACCAGCAAAGAGACUUGCAGAUGCUGCCUCGGUGCCUAAUCAAACCCAACAUUGCAAUAAUGUGUAUUUCUACGAGGCGCCCAACGAGAAGAUUACUACAAUGCUGAAAGAAAUAAAGGAACAACUUACUCAAGUACAGACUGACAUCAAUGUUCUAAAAGGAAACAAGACUAAUGAGAAAGGUAUAUAUUCCUAGCGGUCAGGUGCCUAGACCAACUAAUUAAGUGCAAUUCAGUACUUGGGAUUUAUUUCGUGUUAUCAUGAUGAUCAUAAGAGUUUUUAAUACUUCGAUAAACAGGGAAUCGCAUGAUAACCACUUAUUUAUCUUUAAAACAGAUUUCAUAACUCGAAGCUGUACGUGAGGUUUUUGGGCUGUGGAUAGAAAGGCUAGAGGUUUGACUCAAAGCACUUCCUCCUGUGGUGUGGCUGAAGGAAGGAAUUCUUGAUCACGUUCCUACCUAGGGCUAACAAUCUCUUGCAAGUAAUUCCCAUAUAAAAAACAGCCUUAACCCAGUUUCUUUAAAACUUAGUACAAAGUAGAACAAAAUAGAGACUAGCAACUUCUCCCGGUUUUAAAAGAAUGUCGGUCUGUGAAAAACCGAACCAAGAUACGAUAAUCCGGAUUCAAAAAGUCGCUGCCUCGAUGACUUAGUUCAUUAACGCAGUUUUCUCAAAAUGAUAUCAAUUGUGCUCUGGUGAUCUCAUUAAGAAAUCGUUUGCAUAUAGAAUAAUAUUCUAACCUCUGAGGAGACUCUUAUUCCCCCAAAGGAGACCAAUCUGGGCGUGGCGCAGGAAUUAUUUUAUCCCAAAAUUCACCCUUUGAGCCCCAAGAGUGAUCAGCAUCAAAUUUCUCCUUGUAAUAUCAAUGCUUUAGAAAACAGAGUGGUCGUGAGAAUUGAGUACAUGAUCAGGGAAGAUGAUUCUAUCUGAUAUUUCAACAAAUUCUCCCCACUACUUCUAUUGAAAAAGUAUAAGGCCAGUAAAUGAGAAUCUCAAUUUUAAUCUUAGGGUUUAAAAGGUUAAAGGAGCCGUGCUCUAACACAGUGUGAUCUCAUUUAUCCAUUUCUUUGCGAAUAACACUAAGCGAUGCCUUCAUGAAUAGAAAUGUUGCCUUUCUUUCCUAAACAUACUAAGUGAGACCAAAAUCUGCAAUAAUUCUUUCCCUAUAGAUGCUAGGCGUCGAACAUCCUUGUCAUUUUCAUAACUAGAAAUACGUACAUUGCAGAACCUCGUAAGGCCCGGGGGAGGAGGCUUUAUAAUGUUAGGGAUGGGAGGGGCGGACAGCGGGAGAGAAAUAGAGUAAAUUGUGUAACUAGGGAGUGCGGGUUUCAAAACCGGCGCAUAAUCACAAUUGAAAAUAAUAUAAGGCAAUCUUUUCUUAACAGCUAAAAAGAACUGUGCUGAGCUUUACAAAGCUGGCGAAAGAAUCAGCGGUGUUUAUACAAUCGACCCUGAUGAUCAAGGUGCCUUUGAUGUGUUCUGUGACCAAACAACAACCGGAGGGGGGUGGACAGUGUUCCAAAAGAGACUGGACGGCUCGGUUGAUUUCUACCGCGGCUGGGCUGACUACAAGCGGGGGUUUGGUAACCUGAAUGGCGAGUUUUGGCUUGGAUUGGACAAGAUUCACCGGCUGACCAAAUCAAAUAACAGGCUUCGAGUUGAUCUGGAGGACACUACAGGCAAAACCGCUUACGCUGAAUACGACAUGUUUGCUGUUACAAGCGAGAGGACUAAGUACCAGCUUAGUUUAGGAACUUAUUCAGGUGAACUAAUGACACGUCGCCUCUAAAAAAUUGCAUUCAAUGUUUUAUUAUUAUCGUUUAAUAUUCAUAAUAUGUCUUUAUGGGCUUUCCCUGACUUCGUCAUGCUCCUUAGUUAUCUCUACAGCUUAAAUUCCCCAAAGCGACCUUUCUCUUACACUUCAAUACUUCACAUUAUAUUCAGAUUUUCUAUUUAAAAUUUCAAAACUCCCUGGUAAAAUUCUCUUGUAUUAUUAAUUCUAGGAACCGCUGGCAACUCUUUUUCUGGGCAUCGUGGCCAUCCAUUUACCACUAAAGACCAAGAUAAUGACAGCGCAACAUCUAGCAACUGUGCUGUGUCCUGCAAAGGAGCCUGGUGGUACACAAGCUGUCAUGAAUCAAAUCUGAAUGGUUUGUACCACCAUGGUUCACAUUCAUCUGAUGCUGAUGGUGUCAACUGGUAUGCAUGGAAAGGACAUUACUACUCUGCAAAGAGAGCUGAGAUGAAGAUCAGACCGGUGAACUUUUAGAACUGUGUUAGAGGGCCACGACGAUCACCAAUCCUAACAACCUGAUCAUAGACUUUGUUUCUGGUAGAACACCACCAUAUAAUAUACCAACGUUGUAGAACUGUCUUAGAGCGCCAUAACGAUCAUUUAUUUUAUUCAAUCACAUUGAUGUAAGUCACAGGAAGUACAUAAUUACAUGAUAAGGAAUUAAGAAAGAGAGAAGAGACAAAGUGCGUCUUACAACGCGUAUAACACUAUUUACAAUGCAAUAUGAUGGCCUGGCUGUAUAACUGACUAACUUUCUAUAAUAGCAUCUUAAUUUGCAUCUGUGAUUAUGAUAGACUGUUAGACCAGGGUACACCAACGUUGUAGAACGUUUGAUAGAGCCAAUUGCUGUUAGCAAUAAUUUCUAAGCGUUUCAUUUCUCUAGCUGUGUGCCUUAAAGGUAUGAGGAUUUCGACUAGGCGUGGUCAGCCUCACUUUACUUGUUACCAGGGUAGGGUGUAUGUAUAGAUAAAUAAAGUCUGCACGUGAUCGGACAUUUUAAUCUUGUUUGGUGGAAUAGAUUUUAAAGAAUCAGUAGUGAUGUCUCAUUACUGGCUACGGGCCG